UCCAGGACUUUAAAAAACCUAUCUAUGAUUUCCACAUGAUUACGAGCAGCAGAAUGAAUCACUGUGUGUGACUUUCAGACCGGCAGAGCAAAGAAGAUCUAACUGCUGAUGUGAAGUACUGAGAGGAGCUCAGCCAAGCGUCAAAGCUGCAGAUGGCAAGAUUUACAUAAGAAAUCUAAUUUCCCUUCCUCCAAGAACUACUGGCUUUCUGGUUUCCAAGUACCAUACUUCGAAGAAGCCCUCUCCAUUUCAGAAUAGUACCUACAACUAUGAAGUCACUCUGGAUAAUCCUUUUUCUAUUGGUGCAAGGCACAGAGGGUUUUCUCUUUCAAAAUGCUAAAGUCAAGCUGUGUUUACAAGCCAGCACAACAGAUGAGAAUUUACUUUUAGAGGACUGUAAUCCCACUUCAGAGUUCCAACACUGGUCUUGGCAAGACAAUUCCUUGAUCAAUCAAGGCACCAGGAAAUGUCUGUCUACAGAUGAAGCCAACAACGUGCGGUCAAGUCCCUGUGAAAGUGCAGCACAUGCAGACUGGGAGUGUGUUAAUUUCAUGCUGCACCCUGUGGGCAGCACCCAAAUGUACCUGACUGCAGAUAAGAAUAAAGCCACUCUGGCAAAUACAAAAAGCCCAAGUUCCCGAUGGCGAGUCAGUAGGGGGCAGAGCGUAUGCGAUCAGAAGCAAGCAAAGGCAGAAGGCAGUAGAUAUUUCGCUAUGGCUCUUACCAGCGCACAAAUGCAUGACAAGGUGGAAGACAGUUCUAUUCCUGAAAUGCCUAUGUCUCAAGAACAACUACAGAAGAUGUUGUGGUUUUUCCGGAGUGACGAUUCAUCCACGUGGAAUUAUUCCAUUCUGGUCCUGUCCUUUGUGGUUCUGUUUCUGGGCCUCCUUCUUCUGGGAAUAAACAUCAUGGCAAACAGAAAUAGGAAGAUUAUCCUCAUGUGUGAACAAGCUGCCAAACCAGCUGAGCCAGAAGCCAAGCCACACCUUGUGGAUUUGAAGGAAGAUAAUAACUUGAAUCCUUUCACGCAAGAUUUGCUGCCCAAAGGACAAAGACCAGGGGAGGUUUUGGUUCAGUGGAAGGAUGGCAGUGUUACAGCCCUGUAUGCAGAGAAGUCUGAGGAGGACAUGUAACCGCGAGCGCAAUCCGAGUCUAGACCCCAGACAAAUAUUUCAUCAAGUGUCAUGUAGCUAAAUUCACGCUGACUGGAGCUUUGAAAGUUAAGCACAGUUUAUCAAGGGGAAAUGGCAGAGGAGAUUCCUUAGCAUGACCUGCUCUUGACUCAGAUAGUCUGAUCUGGUCCCACCGGCUUUGAUGCCAAUACGGCCUGAUCCUUACCUGCUGCUGUCAUUUGGUUCCAAGGCUACUCCUACAUGCCAGCUUUGCCCACCCUCUCUCAGCUGUCACUCGCUUCCACUGCAAAACAAUUAUAUGAGCCAAACCAGACAAAGGGGGAGGAUUUUACUGCAGUCAGCCA